GCGAGGCUGCUAAAACCUUAUCGAACUGAUGACGUGUCCACGGAGUCCUUCUGACUUCCGGGUCUACGUUAACGGUGUGGAGUAGAGACCACAGUCACCAAGAAAAUGUCUAAAGUCACGUUUAAAAUCACUCUGACGUCGGAUCCCCGGCUCCCCUACAAAGUACUCAGCGUCCCAGAGAGCACGCCGUUUACAGCCGUGUUGAAGUUUGCAGCGGAGGAGUUCAAAGUACCAGCAGCCACCAGUGCCAUCAUUACUAACGACGGUAUCGGCAUCAACCCAGCUCAGACAGCAGGGAAUGUGUUCCUGAAGCACGGUUCAGAGUUGCGCAUCAUUCCCAGAGACAGAGUGGGAGGAAGGGGAGUAGGAACAGACCGAUCUUCCUCAUCCUCCUCCUUGAAGACCCAAUGACUCAAACACACACACACACACACACACCGGCUGAAUCAUGUUUCACUUCUGACCUGCGGAACACUCAGUGUGUUUGUGUAUAUAUUUUCUAGACCUGAAAUUACUACACACACACACACACACACCUACACAAAGAGACACUGCAGCAGCAAGAUUAAUUCUGUCUAUCCUGUCUGCACUCUCCAAAUGCAGCGUCACCCCAGGCUGUCCAAAGAUACUCUCACACUGAAGUAAUUGAUGACACACAGACACACACACACACACACACACACACACUCUGGCGGCUUCAAGAGAAGCACUUGGCGGAAGCUUAGCAGACAAUGUGCUUGUGAACAGUUGUAAUUUUGUGUACCUAUUUUAGUUGUAAUGGUAAAUGGCUAAUAUAUCUGCCUCUUUUUUUUUUUUGUGCGAACGAAAUCUGUGGGCAUAUUUAGGGAUGUAUGUACUUACUUUUUGAGGAGGAUUAAUUCAUUAAUGUUUAAUUAAUGUUUGUACUACACCUUCAAAUGAUUUAGCUUGUUCAGCAUGCUUUCAGAGAGCAUUGUUCUAUCACUCGUUUAAUAAAUGAUGCUUGUUUCAAGGAA